AUGGACAGCAACCACCACAACAGCCUUACCAGCAGCAAAGCCAAUGGGGCCAACCACAGCAACCCGCUUAUGGACAGGCGCCGCAGCAAUAUGGCCAACCUUACGGCCAGCAGCCCGCUUUCCAACCGAAUGUUCGGUGGACCACCAGGACAGCCUCCGCAGGGCCAGUAUGGCGCACCUCCACCACAAGGAGGAUAUGGCGGCGGCCCGCCCCCUCCCCAACAGGUUCAGGCCGGACCAGCUGAGAUCGCGGGCUACAAGCAGCUUCUGCAAGCCUGCAUCCAAGAGAAGGGCCUCCAGAACUUCCCGAUCUGCCAACAUAUUGACCAGAUUGCUCAACAAGCGCCCGCGAAGAUCAAUCAAGUCAUCUCGCGCUGGAAGAUCCAGAAGGAGAUUGCCAAUGACAUUGUUAAACUAGCGCUUUACGACAUCGUGCUAUACAUCGAUGACAGUGGAUCCAUGCAGUUCGAAGAGGAAGGCAGCCGUAUCACAGAUUUGCGCCUUAUUUUGGACCGAGUCUCGUUCGCUGCAACUCUCUUUGACAACGAUGGCAUCUCUGUCCGCUGCAUGAACACCGAUCUCUCGGGAGCUCGCGACCAACAGGGUCGGCCUCUCCAAGAUGGCGUCGCGACUGAGGCUCAGGUCGCAGAGAUCAUGCGUGGCGUCAACUUCAAGGGCCUCACACCCAUGGGUACCUCCAUGGAGAAGAAGGUCAUCAAUGAGAUAGUACUCCCAAAGGCACGCUCAGGACAGAUGCAGAAGCCAGUAUUGGUCAUUGCCAUCACCGACGGGCAGCCUGCAGGUGAGAAGUCAACCUUGAUUUUUGAUAUCAUCAGGGACACCUACAGACAUCUUCAGUCGACGCCCUACGGCCGUGGUGCAGUCGCUUUUGAGUUUGCUCAGGUAGGAAACGAUGUGACUGCUAGGAAAUUCCUCAGUCAACUCGAUGAGGAACCCGACGUUGGCCCCAUGGUUGACUGCACGUCCAACUUCGAGAACGAACAGGAAGAGAUGAUGCGCGCAAACCCUCCUGUCGAUCUUACACCCGAUCUUUGGAUCAUCAAGCUUCUUCUCGGUGCCAUUGAUCGAAGCUACGACUCGAAGGACGAGAAGAGCAACCCAGCACCUGGCGGGUACGGCGCACCACCCGGCCAGUAUGGCGCACCUCCUCCAGGUUACGGCCAACAGCCACCCCAGGGCUAUGGCCAACAGCCGCCGCAAGGCUAUGGACAGCAGCCACCCCAGGGUUACGGUGCUCCACCUGGUCAGCAUCCGCCCCAAGGAUACGGUGCUCCACCCGGCGCACCUCCACAAGGCUACGGUCAACAAGCACCUCCACCAGGUCAGUAUGGCCAGCAGCGACCGCCCCAAGGAGGCCCCGGUGGAUACCCAGGUCAGCAGCAGUAUGGCCAACCGCCACCAGGCGGCAGGUACUAG